UGUGGUUGGGAACAGGUGCAACGUGGGAGUUGCAGUCAGUCAUUGGAUCCCAGGGUGGUGCAGGGGCGUGGGGUGCUUAAGCAGCUGCUGCAGUCCAAUGCAAUCAUUUGCAAUGCGUUGUGCUUUAAAUGCUUGUAAUUUGGCAAUAGGAACUGAUUUCCACAUAACUUUGAAUGUCUGUUGUUGCCCUCUGUCAACAAAUUAUUUGACUGCUUGAUUGCUGUAAUACUUCUGGUUGUGGAGAUGGGUCACAUAAUUUCUUGCAAUGAAAAUAGACAAAAAAUGUGGAAUUUUUCAAUGAGUGAACAGACUUGCAGACAGGAGACACAAGAGACAGAGGUAUGUUGGUUUGCAGGGUUCUCAUUUGGGAAUCAGUCAUUCGCAACUUCUGCUGUAAAACGAGUUAUAUCUUGCACAUUUUCUUACACAAAUUGCACAAUCACAAAUCAUGAUUUCUCUAUUUCAGGUGUAAAAGAAGAUUUGAAUGUACAAUCAGAAACUGUAAAAAUGUAUUUUGAUUGAAUAGUUAUAACUUGACAAGAAAUAAUGUUGGAUUUAAGGAGUGAAAGGACAAUGUGUCACACACCCACAGGAAAAAAAAACCCCAACAACUGGGUUUGAGAAAACCGAGGAGUGUAAGAGGUGGUCAGAAAAGUAAACAGCAGUAUAAAUGAAAGAAGAAAAAAAAAAUACAAAAAAGAAACCUUGUGGAUGAAAAUCCAUGGUAACAGUGAUUAUCACAGUCCACAUGGAAACGAGUACAAAGACGAAUCAUUGAAAGUCAAAGGAGAGCCGGUUAACCUUGGCUGAGGUCCAUGCAAGUGCAGCAAGAAGAAGGUAGAGCCAGUUGAGAAUAGUGGAAGAGAAGCAGGGGGUGGUCCAAAGAGGGGCAUUUUUUUCAAUAGGAGGGCAAAGUCUUACAGAAAUCCCACUAAGAAACACAGCUGCCCAAAAGAGAGAAAGAGAUCAGUCUACAAAGAGAGGGCAGGCAAUUUUCAGCCCUAUUAGAAAGAAACACACCCUCCACGAUUCCGGCAAGAACCACAGGCUUCACCACCCCAGUUUUUUUUUUUGGCGGGUGGCCUCAGAUCAGUAGCUGUGGGAGAAACCAUUUCCACUUACUGACACAGGUUGGAGCUGAGGUGUGGAUCCUCCCUGAUUGCUCGAGCAUGAGCAGAGUUAGGAGCGAAAGCUUCACUUUCUUCUCCAGUGAAGAGAGACCACACGGCAGACACAAGAUCUUCCUACUCCUCCCCUCUUCCUGGGCUCUUGUCCAGAGAAUGACUGGCUCCAGUGGACCCAGGAACACAGACUGAGGACAGUGUACAGCAGUUUUUUUCUGCCAGCCAGCUGGGACAGACUUUGCAAAUUAGCUGCUUCAACACCUUUUUGGAAUUCAAAGCGCUUCUUUUUUUAAAAUAUGUAAUUUUUUUCUUCAAAUGAGAUCCGGAGCUUUAAGUUUAGCCAGUCAAACAAACAAACAGACGGACUGACAUAUGGACAGAGAGCAGUGAGCACUGCGGCGUGAAUGCAGCAACUGGACUUCUCUUCUCCCUGGUUGCUAAGACCAAACAAGGAUAAUAGCCAAAGCAUAUCCUUUCCACCAAGGUAGUGGGUGGAUGCAGCUUUCAGCAGACGGCUAUAGGAGGAGAGCAGUGACUGAACAGAGGACUGCAGGGAUACAUUUAGCUGAAGGGAUCCUCUUGAAAUGGAUUGUUACUUUAACGUAAACUCACACAGGAAAUUCAAGUCCAUCUUCUCGUGAGCAUUUUUUGAAGGGUCGUGCUGCGCAAAACCCUGUGCUGUUAAUACUGAGUGGACUUACUUUUUUUUUUUUUCUUUUACAAGAUCAGUAUAGAAUUUAGAGAUGAUGGAAGGAUGCAUAAGGACUCAGAUCGUGCCCCUGAUGCUGCUGUUUCCUAUUUUGCUUGGCAUGACUCACACGGCACACAGCAUCUAUCCAAGGAUAAGACUCUCCCACAAAGAGCUUUGGCAGAUGAACAGGACCUGGGUGUUUCAGGGACACGCUGGGCCUCUCCAGCCUCAGACGAUGCAGCUGGACGAGAGCCACCAAAGGCUUUAUGUUGGAGCCAAGAAUGCAUUGUUUUCUCUUAGCUUGGACAGGGUUAACUCUCACCACAGACAGGUCAGUUGGGCCAGUACGGAAUCAGAGACGGAGGAGUGUUUAAUGAAAGGAAGGGAUAAGCAUGAAUGUGCAAACUACAUCAAAGUCCUGCAGAAGUACAACCAGACCCAUCUGCUGGCCUGUGGAACCGGAGCCUUCAACCCCAUCUGUGCAAUGGUCCAAGUGGGACAUACAGGGCAGGACAAGCUUUUCCUGCUUGAAGAGGACAGCAUUAUAAGCGGCAGAGGGCGUAGUCCCUACGACCCCAUCAGCCCCUGCACAUCUACACUGUCUGGAGGAGAGCUUUACAUCGGCCUGUACACAGACUACUGGGAGAAUGAUGGAGCUUUGUGUCGACUCAACAACCACACGUACACGCGCACUGAGAGGAAUGACAGGGAGCAGCUCAACGCCCCAAAGUUCGUGGGCUCAGCCCUCAUUCCUGACAACGACGACAGAGACGAUGAUAAAGUUUACUUCUUCUUCACUGAGCGAGAGGUGGAUGCAGAGGGGGUGAACAGAGCCGUCUACACUCGCAUCGGGCGAGUUUGUGCGAAUGAUCAGGGCGGACAGAGAAUGCUGGUGAACAGAUGGAGCUCCUUCCUGAAAACUCGCCUCAUCUGCUCUGUGGCUGGACCCAACGGCAUCGACACGCACUUUGAUGAACUCGAGGAUGUGUUUGUACUCAACAGUAAAGAUGAAAAAAACCCUGAAAUUUUCGGCCUCUUUAGUACAACAAGUGCUGUGUUUAAAGGCUAUGCAGUGUGUGUCUAUCACAUGGAGGACAUCAGAGCAGCCUUUAAUGGGCCGUUUGCGUACCGGGAGAAACCUGAGCAUCACUGGACACCUUUUGAAGGCAGAGUCCCCUACCCCCGGCCUGGUUCUUGUGCCAGUAAAGUGAGCGGCGGCGGCUUCUCCAGCUCCAAGGAGUUUCCCGAUGAGGUGCUGCGCUUCGUGCGUUCUCAUCCGGUGAUGUACCGGCCUGUUCUCCCUCAGCAUCACAGACCGGUCCUGCUGCAGACAGAGCCGGGCGGGAGGAAGCUGACCCAGAUUGCAGUGGACAGAGUCCAAGCCCAGGAUGGACACUACCAUGUUCUGUACAUCGGCACGGAUGACUCUGUGAUUUUAAAAGUAAUCACCAUCUACAACAAAGACACCGACACGAUGGAGGAGGUGCUGCUGGAAGAGCUGCAAGUAUUCAAGGUGCCAGCACCAAUAGGAGAGAUCAUAAUCUCCCCAAAAAGGCAACAGCUGUAUGUGGGGUCAAAAGUGGGCGUGGCCCAGGUCAGGCUGCAUCAGUGUGACCUCUACGGUUCUGAAUGUGCUGACUGUUGCUUGGCCAGAGACCCAUACUGUGCCUGGGAUGGCCUCACCUGCUCCAGAUACUACCCUGCUGGGGCGUACACAAAGAGACGGUUCAGGCGGCAAGAUGUUCGCCAUGGCAACGCCGUGCAGCUGUGUAAUGGGCUGCAAAUUGAUGACGAACAAUGGCAGAGGGCUGAGAGGAAAAUAGUGUACGGUGUGGAGAGCAACAGCACUUUACUGGAAUGCGUUCCUCGAUCACUGCAAGCCAAGGUUCACUGGUUUUUACAGAGAGGAGAAGGAAAGCAUGAGAUUCGAGGUGAUGAGCGGGUCAUCGUGACCUCCCACGGGCUCCUGUUCUUGCGCGUGCGAGGCUCUGACGCCGGUGUGUAUGUGUGUCAGACGGUGGAGCACGGAUACGUGCACACAUUAUUACAGAUCAGCCUGCACGUGCUCGGAGGGGAGCGGGUGGAGUCGGCGAUCCGUACUGCUCACGACGGCGAGGGCGCCAAAGCUGCAGCAGUAGUGUGCCCACCCGGCCCCAGCAUAAGCCCCAAAUCUCCAUCAGUACCCGUCCCCAACUCCAGGCUAUGGUACAAAGACUUCCUUCAGCUGAUUGGCUACGGUGAUGCCGAAAAGGUGGAGGAGUACUGCGAGAGAGUGUGGUGCACUGAUAAGAAACGCAAAAAACCCAAAAGAAGGUACAUUCCUGCCGUCGGGGAGAAGAGAGGCAAAAGGAAGGGAGAGGAUAACUCCCACAGAGCUCCCAGGCACACACUCAACACCUGAAAAAGGACUCACUGCAACGCUUGUAUGCAAACACAAUCCAACAGUUGGACUCUAACAGCAUGUAAAGAGUUUUUUUAUUUUGCUUUUGACAAAAGCAGUAACAGACAAACCACAGUAGCACACUGCUUGCACGCUGUUGCUACAACUAUCUUUUUUGUGAUUUUUAUUUUAAAAAGAUAACGUCUUGUCUCGUCGGUCUGUUAUAAGCUUAAUGUUUAGUGCAAACCCACACCGAGCUGUGACAGCUCUGUCAGCGCAGAGCGGGGGCUCUGACGGGGGGGCAGAUGGACAACAGAUUAAGAAAUGUUGCUGCUGAUCAGAGAGAUGCAUCAGCUCUUGUGGACAAACCCAGCUAAACGCUGCUGUCAAUCAAAACGCACAGAGGCCACAUCUCUGCUUCUUCUGCUAACAGAUGGCAGAACUCUUCUUGUACAGUCGAGCUGUUUACCUCCCUAUCUUUUUUUUUUUUUUUUUUUUGGUCGUACUGUAAGUUAUUUUCCAACAUUUUUACCGUAAGAAGCUGUUACAGUGUUAAAAACUGGAAACUAAAAUCUUUUUUGUACAGUAAAAUGUGUUUUGGUAUUAUUAUGCUCAAGAUUAUCAGUUACAAUGGUUGUUGCAACUAUUUUGAAAAAGUGAGUUCAUCAGAACUAUGCUCUCAAAGUGCAUCCUAACCAUUUAUGAACAUGUGGAGUGGAAAAAAAAGGUCUUAUCAGUGGAAAAUAUAUGUAUCAUAUUUAUCUAUUUACAAUUGCUUCACAUGUAUUGGCAGAGCUUUGUGUAUUGCAUUUUUUUAUUUAAAAUAAAUCUGCAAAUGUGCACAUCUG